GUGGCCGUUAGUGAUGAGAAGACCCGUUAAUUUCAUUUAUGAAUUAUUAGUUUGGAGAAAAAAAAUUCGUUAGACAUUUCAUCAUCUCACCUCUGUCUCCAAUCCGCAAACCGCAAUCGUCAAACCUGAAAACGCGUUGAAUUUUCUAGUCUUCCAUUAUUAUUCUUCCUUCCUUCCUUAAAAAUAUCAUAAUCCAAAUUCACUCCAAUCCUUUUCCCAGAAUAAAAUACUUCCCCCAAUUCAUAACUUACUUAUUCACCCUCAUACCACCUGCUACCAUGUUACGGUGGUUACCGUCGGUGCUCUUAUUAUUGUUAUUCAUCCACCGCUCCCACUCCCAACAAACCUACGUCGACAACCGACAACUCGACUGCAACAACAACUACACCACCGCCUCCGGCUACACCUGCAACGGCCCCACCUCCUGCCUCUCCUACGUAACUUUCCGAUCACAACCACCUCUCUACAACACCCCCACCACCAUCGCCACCCUCCUCAACUCUAACCCCACCACCAUCACAACCCUCAACAACUUCUCCUCCACCUCCGCCACCAUCCCCACCAACACCGUCGUAGUUGUUCCGAUCAGCAAUUGUUCUUGCUCUGGUGGGUGGUAUCAGCAUAACGCAAGUUAUGUGCUUAGAGGGACUAAUGAGACUUACUUUUCUGUUGCGAAUAAUACUUAUGAGGGGCUUACUACUUGUCAGGCUAUGAUUGCUCAGAAUCCGUUUAAUUUUCGGAGUUUGGCUGUUGGGAAUAAUGUUACUGUUCCGAUUAGAUGUGCUUGUCCGACGCCCAACCAAACGGCCGCCGGAAUUAGGUAUCUGCUUACAUACCUCAUCACAUGGGGCGACACAUAUGAAUAUAUGUCCAAUCUUUUUGAUGGUGUUAAUGUUCAGAGUAUUUUAGAUGCUAAUGAGCUCAAUGCAACGCAUAUAAUCUUCCCCUUUACGCCGAUUUUGAUCCCGCUUACAACGACACCAUCAAGAAUCAACACUACUGCAACUCCAGCACCGCCUCCUGCUCCACCAGUGAUUCCGGUGGCGCCUAGCAGCGGUGGUGGUGGUUCGUCCAGCAAGUGGGUUUUUGUCGGUGUCGGAAUUGGUGUCGGUUUGCUCCUGAUUGUUACCCUGUCUGGAGUUAUUGUUUGGUGCUUUAGAAGAAGGAAGAUUCAGGAGGGGGAGAAUGGUCUCCCUCUGACGAAGCACUCUCCGGCCACCGCUUUAAUCCCGCCUGGGAGGAGUAAUUCAUGGUCGAUUUCAUCGGAAGGGGUUCGGAUUGCGGUUGGGUCAUUGACGGUUUAUAAGUAUGAGGAUCUGCAAAAGGCUACCGGAGAUUUUUCGGAAGAAAACAGAGUGAAAGGAUCUGUAUACAGGGGAAUUUUCAAUGGGGAUUCUGCAGCGGUGAAGGUUAUGAAAGGGGAUGUUUCCGGCGAGAUCAACAUACUUAAACAGAUCAAUCACUCCAACAUAAUCAGACUAUCUGGAUUCUGCUUGCAUCAAGGAAACACCUAUCUGGUUUACGAGUUCGCUGACAACAGUUCGCUCAGCGACUGGCUGCACUCGACCACCAAGAACACCAAAUAUGAAUCGGUUUUGGAAUGGAAACAACGAGUUCAAAUUGCACAUGAUAUAGCUGAUGCAUUGAAUUACCUACACAAUUUCAUCACUCCACCAUACAUUCACAAGAAUUUAAAGUGCAGUAAUGUGUUGCUAGACGUGCAUAUGCGAGCGAAAAUAACAAACUUCGGGCUCGCUAGAAGCGUGGAGGAAACCGACGAUGGAGAGCUUCAGUUGACUAGACAUGUUGUAGGGACAUUCGGUUACAUGCCACCAGAAUACAUCGAGAACGGCUUGAUCACACCUAAAAUGGAUGUAUUUGCUUUAGGGGUACUGAUUUCCGAGCUACUGUCCGGAAAAGAAGCCGCCACACGAUCACCUGACGGUGGUGAUGAGAAGGAUGUGGCGGAGUUACAAGAGGGGCUGCUGUCAGAGAUGGUAAAAGAGGUGGUUCGAGGGGGGGAUGACGUGAGGGAGAAGUUGGCCGGGUUUAUGGACAGUAGGCUAAGCGGCGAAUAUCCGGUGGAACUGGCCUAUUCGAUGGCGGAGAUUGCUGGUAAAUGUGUGGCGGUUGACCUAAACGACCGCCCUUCUAUUUCGGAGGUGUUUGCGACACUGUCUAAGAUAUUGUCUUCUUCAUUAGACUGGGAUCCGUCUGAUGAACUUGAACACUCAAGGUCUCUUAGUCAUGGCAGAUAAAGAAGAUACUAUUUAACUUUAACUAGUGUAAUAUAAUAUCUCUUUACAAUACUAGUGUUUUGAGUGUUGAGAGAAUAAAAGAAUGUUUCAAAGUUUGAGUCCUCGUAGUCCGGUUUUGGACCGAGCCGAUUCCAAGCCUACAUCGAACCAGUGAACCGCUACUGCCUGUACAGGUCUGCGCGGUUUAAUAGUCUGAGCUUUUUCAUAAGUGCAGCCAUGCUAUCCAAAAUGAUUUUGGUCAUUUAAUGUUUUAUUAGUUUUAUAUACUUGUUUGUGAAGGGUCUGAAAGAAGAAUGUUUAUAGGAUAUUUUAAGAUCA